UGAUGUGUAGACGAUACUUCCUUUUCGUGUUUCUUUAUUGAAUAAUAAGCUUAUUUAUUUAUUCAGAAAGUGUACACCGAAAGAAAUAAUUAUUAAAAUGUUAAAUCAAAAGGAUUUGUUAAAACUAUGAAAUUUUAUUUAUAAUAAAGAUAAAAAAAAAUAAUUAAUAUGCCAUCUUUUAGGCAGAAAUUCUCUGGGUUCUUUAGGCAAUUUUCAGCGCCAUCAGAGUCCAGAAAUGACGAAAACGCUUCAAAUCGUUUCAUUAAAAAAUAUCUUAGUGGCCAUGAAGUCCAAAAAUAUGAACCAAUUAUUUUACAUGGGAGAACUCCGCAAGAAGUACCACCUCAACAAUUAGGUGCCAUUAAAAGUUACGAAGUGGUAUCAUCAUUGACUGGGCCACAUGGUGGUCUUAUUUCUGUUAAUCAAACAGAAAAACAUUUGUCGGCAAGUGAUCCAGAAAUUAAUUUUAUUGAUAAUCUUGAAGAAGAGAAUAAUGGAGAAAAGAAAGUAAGUACGUCAAAUAAUGAUUCAACUGAUGAAACUUUGAAUGUCGAGUCUAAACAAAAUAUUUUAAAAAAGCUUAGACAUCCAUUGGUAGCUGGUGUUGAGAAUUGGAAUGUUCCACAUACAAAUGCAUAUGGUGCUAGUUGUUCUUUAUAUGAAGUCCAUCCCAUAACACAUCGUCAUACAGGUGAUCCAAUUGCCGAUUGUUUUGCCAUUGUAACCAGAGCGAAUUCUGCAAUAAUGGUUCUAGCAGAUGGUGUUAACUGGGGGGUCAAGUCAAGGACUGCAGCUAGAUCUGCUGUCCAUGGUUGUAUUGACUAUUUAAACAAAACUUUGUUUACAAAAGACAAAGAAUCGCCUAAAAACACUACAGAUGUCCUCGUGACUUUAUUGAGAUCAUUCCACGCUGCCCAUAAUAUGAUUCUACAAGAAGAAGGAACUUUGACUACUCUUACAGCAAUUGUAGUACUUCCAUCUACUGUUGAUAAUCAUUAUGUAGCUUGUUGUUGUAAUGUUGGUGACAGUUUGGGUUAUGUGUAUAGUUCCAAGUAUGGUGUCAGAGAACUUACUCAAGGCUCACAUGAUGUUCAUAGAAUGAGAGACAUGAGAGAUGUCAUGGGAGCUUUAGGCCCUGUUGAUGGACAUAAUCCAGAACUGUCAAACUUGACAUUGUCUAUAACACAAGUUGAUUUGGAUGACAUAGUUUUUAUUACUUCUGAUGGUGUAUCAGAUAAUUUAGAUCCUGUGGUUGGCCAUUUUACUGGGCUUCCCAGUGUUGAAGCAUAUCAAAGACACAAACUUUCUCUUUUAAGAACAGAGGAUUUGAUUCGUAAUGGAGUGUCUGGCAAGGGACCAGCAGUAGAUACAGCCAAAGACUUAGUAACAUUAUUAUUGGACUUUGUAACCAGAUUAACUGCAGCUAAACGCCGUAUAUUGGAAGAUAUGGAAAUAUAUGCAGAUGCUAAUGGAAAACCCUUAGCUCAAGCAGAAGUCAGACAAAAAAGAAAGGAAAUUAUUAGAAAAAUGUUUGGUGUGCCAGGUAAGUUAGAUCAUGCUACAGUAGUUGCAUUCAAAAUAAAUUCUGGACAGUAAAAAUUUUAAAAGAUUAAAUUUAUGUUUUGUGUUUUUUUUAUAAUAUGUUGAUUUAUUAUUUAUUUUAAUGAUUUGUUAUUUUUUCAUUGAAAAAAUUGGUCUUAAAAAGUAUUUGGUACCUAUGUAGUUAUUAUUAUAUCUUAAGUAGUGAACAUACUUUCAAAAUAUGUGAAGAUUAUACACAAACAAGAUUCCAUAAUAUAGAAAUUAUCUUAUUAAUACAAGCCUAUAUGAAAUAUUUAUCUAGUUUUUAUGAUUUAAGCUUUGUGUUUUACCUAAAUAUCUAUUAGUGCAAUAUUGUUUCCGUCCAAUAGAUUGUUUGAAAUAAACAACAAACUAUAAUUUAGUCAGCUUAUACAUACUAUUAAACCUAUACUUUAUA